GGGACUGCCAAAAAAAAUUAGGUUGCAUUUGAACUAUAGCUCAGUGGUAGCUUUGUCUAGCAUGUAUGAGGCCUUAUGAUCAAUACCCAGCCCUGAAAAAAUUAUAUAUACACAUCAAAAUUUGUCUCUUUCCACUUUACCACCAUAUGGUGCCAUCUUCAGUCCCUUAUAGAUGUGCAUGCCUCUGUUUUGUCUUUCGGCAAUGCCUAGUACAUCUUGACUAGAUCCUAGGACUAUACAACGGAAGCUUGUUCUCCCCUAGGAGUGAAGCCAUUCAAUUGAACAGCUAGUGCAUAAUCUCAAAGCCUGUGAGCAGAAUCCCCCAUCUCCACUUUGUCUUUGUCUCUGCCCCUUAGUCCAGGAUCCAUCCACUGCCCUUACCCCAGUACAGGCUGUACCACUGUGACCAUGCAGUAAGACCUAGGUUUAUGGAGGAGUGAGGAAACUGCAGCACCAAUAUGGCUGGCUGAGGCUUCCCAAGGGCCUGUAAGGAGGAAGUGGAUAAAUGCCUUAAUCAAAAAGAUGGCAGCCUCAGGUCUAAUCAAGAGAGAACAGCUUCCUUACUCCUUCCCCCAUCUCUGGCCAAGUCAUAAAAGUCUUAACAGCAGUGCAGCCAGCUGACAGGGUGGAAAGAUCUGUAAAACUGGGCCAGAGUGGGAUAGUAGAGGCUAGUUCACAGUUGCACUAUCCCAAAGAGAAAAUGAUGGUAGUUGGACUAGUUUAGCAUGGUAGAAGUGGAGAUAGGAUAAGGUUCAAGAGAUGGAGUUGAGGGGUAGAAGCCGCAGGACUUGGGGAUAAACUGUCAGGAGACAGAAGGGGAGCAAUAGCUUUCAACCAUCAACACUGUCCCCAGGGUAGCCCCACCCCCUUCCAGGCAAUCCUAGAGACCAUGUGGACCAGGGGCCAUAGCCCUGCACUCUGCCUGCUUUUCAGCAAGUUACUGAGUUCUAGUUUGAUAAGAAAACACUUCCUGUGGUGGAAACUUAAAGGAGAGGAACGAGCUGAGCCAUUUCUGCUUAAAACACUGGGAGAAGGAAGAUGGCCAGAGCUUUGUAUCCACUAAAUGCCCUCUGGCUUCUUGAGUGGGCACCACUGUUCUUGGGACCUGGUGCUGCCCCUCCAGCCUGGGCCUUGAACCUGAACCCAGCGCAGCUCACCUUCUAUACGGGCCCCAAUGGCAGCCACUUUGGAUUUUCAGUGGACUUUCACAAGGACAGCCAUGGGAGCGUAGCUAUCGUGGUGGGCGCCCCGCGGACCCUGGGCCCGAGCCAGGAGGAGACAGGUGGCGUGUUCCUGUGUCCCUGGAAGGCUGAGGGCGGCCAGUGCACCUCGCUGCCCUUCGACCUCAGGGAUGAGACCCGAAACGUAGGCUCCCAGACUUUUCAGACCUUCAAGGCCCGGCAAGGACUUGGCGCCUCUGUGGUCAGCUGGAACGACGUCAUUGUGGCCUGCGCCCCCUGGCAGCACUGGAACGCCCUCGACAGAACCGAGGAGGCCGAAAAGGCGCCGGUGGGCGGCUGCUACGUGGCUCAACUUCAAAGCGGGGGCCGAGCAGAGUAUUCACCCUGCAGGGCCAACACCAUGAGCUCGGUGUACAUCAAAAGUGAUUUUAGCGGAGACAAGCGGUACUGCGAAGCAGGCUUCAGCGCUGCGGUCACCCAGGCCGGGGAGUUGGUGCUUGGAGCCCCUGGUGGCUAUUUUUUCUUAGGCCUCCUGGUCAGGGCUCCAAUUGCCAGUAUCAUCUCAAGUUAUCGCCCCGGUACCCUUCUGUGGCACGUUCCCAGCCAGCGCUUCACCUACGAUUCCAGCAACAUGGAUUACUACGAUGGCUACCGGGGGUACUCGGUGGCCAUCGGUGAGUUUGAUGGAAAUCCAAGCACUACAGAGUAUAUCUUCGGUGCCCCCACUUGGAGCUGGACCUUGGGAGCGGUGGAAAUUUUGGAUAGACAUUACCAGACACUGCACCGGCUGCAUGGAGAGCAGAUGGCAUCAUAUUUUGGUCAUUCAGUGGCGGUCACUGAUGUCAACGGGGACGGGAGACACGACCUGCUGGUGGGUGCUCCAUUGUACAUGGAAAGCCGAGCUGACCGCAAGCUGGCUGAGGUGGGGCGAGUGUACUUAUUCCUGCAGCCCCGAAGUCCCCAUGGACUGGGACCUCCUAGUCUCCUGCUGACCGGCACACAGCUCUAUGGGCGAUUUGGCUCCACUAUUGCACCCCUGGGUGAUCUCAACCGGGAUGGCUACAAUGAUGUUGCAGUGGCUGCCCCCUAUGGGGGUCCAGAUGGUCGAGGCCAAGUGCUGGUGUUCCUGGGUCAGAGUGAGGGGCUGAGCGCACGCCCCUCCCAGGUCCUAGACAGCCCCUUUCCCACAGGCUCUGGUUUUGGCUUCUCCCUGCGAGGUUCCAUAGACAUUGAUGACAAUGGAUACCCAGACCUGCUGGUAGGAGCUUAUGGGGUCAACAAGGUGGCUGUAUACAGAGCUCAGCCGGUAGUGAUGGCCACUGUCCAGCUGCUGGUGCAAGAUUCCCUGAAUCCUGCUCUGAAGAACUGUGUCCUGCAGCCCACCAAGACCCCUGUGAGCUGCUUCACUGUCCAGAUGUGCGUGGGAGCCACUGGGCACAACAUUCCUCAGAAACUUCAUCUAACUGCUGAGCUGCAGCUGGACCGUCAGAAGCCCCGCCAGGGGAGACGAAUUCUCCUGUUGGAGUCUCAACAGGCGAGUCUCACCCUGAGACUGGACCUUAGCGGAAGUCACAGCCCCACCUGCCACACUACCACAGCCUUCCUUCGAGAUGAGGCAGACUUCCGGGACAAGCUGAGCCCCAUCGUGCUCAGCCUCAACGUGUCCCUGCCCACCCCGGAGACUGGGGUGGCACCUGCUGUCGUGCUGCACGGAGACACCCAUGUCCAGGAACAGACCCGGAUCAUCCUGGACUGUGGUGAAGAUGAUCUGUGCGUGCCCCAGCUUCAGCUCAAUGCCACUGUGAAGGGCUCCCCUCUACUAAUCGGAGCUGACAAUGUGCUGGAGCUGCAAAUGGAGGCAGCCAAUGAGGGCGAGGGGGCCUAUGAGGCAGAGCUGGCUGUGCAUCUGCCCCCCGGGGCGCACUACAUGAGGGCCCUCAGCAACAUGGAGGGCUUGGAGAGGCUCAUCUGCAACCAGAAGAAGGAGAAUGAGAGCAGGGUGGUGCUGUGUGAGCUGGGUAACCCCAUGAAGAAAGAUGCCCAGAUAAGAAUCACAAUGUUGGUGAGUGUGGGGAACCUGGAAGAGGCUGGGGAGUCUGUGUCCUUCCAGCUGCAAGUCAGGAGCAAGAACAGCCAGAAUCCAAACAGCGAGGCAGUACCGCUGGAUGUGCCAGUCCGGGCGGAUGCCAGAGUGGAGCUUCGAGGAAACUCCUUUCCAGCCUCAUUGGUGGUGGCAGCUGAAGAAGGUGACAAGGAGCAGAAUGGCUUGGACACCUCGGUCCUCAGGGUGGAGCAUACGUAUGAGCUCCACAAUGAUGGCCCUGGCACUGUGAGUGGCCUCAGCCUCAGCAUUUACCUCCCUGGCCAGUCUCAGCCCUCUGACCUGCUCUACAUCCUGGACAUACAGCCGCAGGGGGGCCUCCAGUGCUCCCCACAGCCCUCCCCCAAUCCCCUCAAGCUGGAGUGGAGGCUACCCACCCCCAGCCCUUCCCCCACUGGCCCGGCACAUCACAAGCGAGAGCGCAGACAGGCUGUCCUGCGUGGGCCGAAGCCACUGGGGGAGCAGGAGCCAGUUCUGGUGAGCUGCGACUCAGCACCCUGUACAGUGGUGCAGUGUGAGCUGCAGGAGAUGACACGUGGGCAGCGGGCCAUGGUCACGGUGUUGGGCUUCCUGCAGCUAUCCAGCUUCCGAGAGAGGCCGCUGGAGCCGUUUGUGCUGCAGUCGCACGGAUGGUUCAACGUCUCCUCCUUGCCCUACGCUGUUCCUGCGCUUGGUCUGCCUAGUGGGGACGCUCUGGUGCAGACCCAGCUGCUGCGUGCCUUGGAGGAAAGGGCCGUCCCGAUCUGGUGGAUGCUGGUGGGCGUGCUAGGUGGCCUGCUGCUGCUCACCCUCCUGGUCCUGCUCAUGUGGAAGGUUGGCUUCUUCAAGCGGAAUCGGCCACCCCUAGAGGAAGAUGAAGAGGAGGAGUGAUAGUGGGAUGGUGGGGGGCUGGCACUUGCUCCAUCUCCAGCUAAUUGUCUCCUGGCUCUGACCUCCAUGGUUGGAGUCUUUCUCCCUUUCCUGCUGCAUAAUAAAGAAGCAGAU